UGCGUCCUCUGUGUUCCGGUGGUGUUCAUUUCCGUAGAUGUUGACUUCUCGUCCAUUGUGUGGUCCUCAGAGGUCAAUGAGCUGAGCAAUGUCCCCGUCCCUGUCAUGCUAAUGCCGGAUGACUUCAAAGCUUACAGCAAGAUCAAGGUGGACAAUCAUCUCUUCAAUAAGGAGAACCUCCCCAGCCGCUUUAAGUUUAAGGAGUACUGCCCCAUGGUGUUCCGAAAUCUUCGGGAGAGGUUUGGGAUUGAUGAUCAGGAUUACCAGAAUUCGGUGACGCGCAGCGCCCCCAUCAACAGUGACAGCCAGGGCCGGUGUGGCACACGUUUCCUCACCACCUACGACCGGCGCUUUGUCAUCAAGACUGUGUCCAGUGAGGAUGUCGCUGAGAUGCACAACAUCUUAAAGAAGUACCACCAGUUUAUAGUGGAGUGUCACGGCAACACGCUUUUGCCACAGUUCCUGGGCAUGUACCGCCUGACCGUGGACGGCGUAGAAACCUACAUGGUGGUCACCAGGAAUGUGUUCAGCCACCGGCUCACUGUGCACCGCAAGUAUGACCUCAAGGGUUCUACUGUUGCCAGAGAAGCGAGUGACAAGGAGAAGGCCAAGGACUUGCCAACAUUCAAAGACAACGACUUCCUCAACGAGGGGCAGAAGCUGCACGUGGGCGAGGAGAGUAAAAAGAACUUCCUGGAGAAGCUGAAGCGGGACGUGGAGUUCUUGGCCCAGCUGAAGAUUAUGGACUACAGCCUGCUGGUGGGCAUCCAUGAUGUGGACCGGGCAGAGCAGGAGGAGAUGGAGGUGGAGGAGCGAGUGGAGGACGAGGAGUGUGAGAAUGAUGGCGUGGGUGGCAGCCUGCUCUGCUCCUAUGGCACGCCUCCAGACAGCCCCGGCAACCUCCUCAGCUUCCCUCGGUUCUUCGGGCCUGGGGAGUUCGACCCCUCUGUGGACGUCUAUGCCAUGAAGAGCCAUGAGAGCGCCCCCAAGAAGGAGGUCUAUUUCAUGGCCAUCAUCGACAUCCUCACACCGUAUGAUGCUAAGAAGAAAGCUGCACAUGCCGCCAAGACGGUGAAACACGGGGCAGGGGCUGAGAUCUCGACUGUGAACCCCGAGCAGUACUCAAAACGCUUCAACGAGUUUAUGUCCAACAUCCUGACGUAGCUCUCUCCUGCCUUCAGCCCGAGCCAGAGCGCUGGACCCGGGGCCGGGGUGGGGAGAGGGAGAAGGGCAGACGUGGGCUUGGUGGGAGGGUGGGCGCGGGUGGGGGGCGUCGGGAGGACUUCAGCAGUGGGACUGCGGCCUGUGACCUGAAGGAGACUAGCUGGGGGGCCGUGCUGUGUGUGACGUGCUCACAGGAUGGGACCUCGCCUUCUGUCUACCCUUGGUUUUUUUCCCCUAUUUGACCCAGGUUAAAAGGGUUCCCUUUCAGUACCCUGUGACCUGCGAUGAUACCCUGGGGCUGGAGAUGACGUUGUGGGUUACUUGGGUUUUGUCAUCGCUCCAGGUUUGCUGUUUUGAUCAUGUGUGUCCGCCCCCUGUCCACCCUGCCCACACGCCCAGCUCUCACUUCCCUUGCAUUCAAGAGACACCUAGACCGACCGGCACAGGGGCCUCCUGGAGCGAAGGCCCUGGCGCCCAAGAGGAGGUAACGCCUCCGCCCUGCCACGUUUGAUCUUGUCUAGAUUGACUUUGUAAUGUGAUGGAGUGCUGUGCACAGCUCCUUCCACUCCUCUACCUGGGAUCCAAGUGACACGUCAUGUUGUCCUCCAUUCUGUCCUCCCUGAGGAGCACUCCAGGACCACAGCAGGUGUCUGGGAUCAGAACUGGACCUCAGAGAGGAGUGAGCUCAUUCUCAUGGGAUGGUGUGGGGUGGGGAGCUGCUGGGCCUUUGGAUGGCGGGUUCUCAGAGACCCCACAACCACCCGGGCCCUUGCAUUCUUGACCCUGGAGUUGAGAAGUCCCCUCUUCAAAGCCUGCCUCCCAUGGGGUCAGGAGGAGCCAGAAGGAACCUUUGGAUCUGGCAGGCCCGUGUUCAAGUGGCUAUCUCCCUUUGGGAGAACCCCGGCACCCGAUGAGUGUCACUUGGGGUCUGUGUCCUCUACCUGCUUCUUCCGGCCCCCGCCAGGCACCCUCACUUCCAGCCGCGGGUGUAGCUGGAGCAGAUCUCCAAGCACGGGGUGCCCUUUGCAGAGAUUCCUCUUCAAGCCCCAGGACUACCAUGGAGGUCACUGGCUCCCUGUGCCUGUGGUUUGUCACCUGGACAGUAACAGCCAGGAAGAUGCCCUGCGCCUUGGAGUGUGGCGCCCACACCUGGUUGCUUCUGAGUCACUUGGGGGUAUGACCGGGAAGUCCGCUGUGGAGGUUGACGUGGUCUGUGACCUGGCCCAGCCUUGGCGGUCUCUCCCCGUUGGCCUCUCAAGACUUCUGGCAGGUCUGCGGCCAUGGACUUCCCUGGAGGGAGUGGCCUCCUGCAGCUUCCUUCAGGGCUUUCACCCACCUUCAAAGCCUGCUGCCCAGACCCUGAGAGCUGAGCCCCACAUGUCGUUCUGACGCCAUUGGAGCAGGUUGGUCGGCCAGGAGAAAAAGCGUCCCCAACUGCUCUGCAUUGCAGGGGUACAUUCCAGCACCUUCUCAACCCUCGCCAGGAAGUGGGGCUUUGGGGUGAGCUAUGGCAAAACUUGUCGAUAACCCCAAGACGUGAAGCUCCGUGGCAUGGUUCUGAACGAGCGGGUUGGCUUCCUGUGGCUCCUACAAGCCUGGCCAGGCUCAGCUCUGGAGCAGGAACCUCACUCUCUGGGCCCUGCCCACAGCACAAAGGUCAGGAGGAAAUGGAGGUGGCAUUCUUGGACUUCCCUGGGGCUGCUGGGCCGGGGGCACCCUCCUGGAAGAGGCAGUUGGGGGUGAAACCACUGCCCUGGCCCCAGGAAGGGCCAUAGGUAGGGCUGAACAACAGGCAAGACCAAGAAGUGACAUGGGGAAAUGGGAACCAAACGGCUCAUGGAGAAAGCAGACGGGACUUGGGAGAGGGAUGAUGUGGGACGACGCCUGAUGUGAGUCCCCACCGUGGAAUCAAGAUGGAAGUCUCUCGGCCAGGCCCCAGGCCUCAAGCUCAGAGGCUGCUUCCCCACAGCCCGCAGCUGGGCUCCCCACUGGUCUGCGGAUCAUGUUGCCAUAACGUGUAUGACAAGUGUAACAACCUUCUCAGUUAAAGACACUACCAGGUAUCUAACUUGUUUAACAUCGAGUGUGUGUGUGCGCGCGAGUGUUUUAUAUAUUGUUUACAUUUUGAGAGGUAGCAUUCUGUUUCAAUUGCUUUUUUUUCUGACAGUAUUGUUGACUGGGUCACAACAUUUUGAGCUGUGGUUUGGUGGAUUUUAGAUUUUUUUUUUCCUUAGGGUUUUUUUUUAGGGUCAUUUUCUGUUCAAUCUUCAAAAUUUAAGGUUUGGCCCGCUGAUUCCUUUGGCGUUCAAAAGCUGUUUGUCUUGGUUUAUACACAUUUUCUUUCUCUUCUUUUUGUAAUGAUGGAGAUCCUGUUUGGUCUGCAGUCUGAAUGUGGAGAAUGUGAACUGACGCCCAAGCUUUGCCCCCUCCCUUCCCUCCCGAAUCCUGCCAUUUCUCUGGACAGUAGGAGGCAUAUGAGGGGGAGUGACUGCCCUCAGCCUCUCUCCUGGGGCUAUGAAGAAAAGCUCCACAGGGUCUUCCAGGAACAAAGGCAUAAGAAUACCACUGGGUCUGUCCGCAGCACAAGCUCCUUCCCUGUGCCCUGGGGGCUGCGGAACCUGGAGCCAGCAGCUCGGAGCAGACUUGCAGUGCUCUGAGCCCUUCUCUAGCUCAGGGGUUGCUGGUCUGUGGCUGUUCUCGCGGCACCCUCUCCUUUCCCAGACAGGCAGCUCCCCCCACCUCAUCUCCUGGUAGCAAGUGCUCAGGGCAUGAGCCUGGCUGCCUGCCCUUCUUUCUCCUGGUCGCAGUCUGCCGGGUCUGCCCAGGAAGCGGCCCAGACACACGGCUUUCCUCAGAGCCCGUCCCGCCCCCUCGGCAGCACCUGAGCUCCGCAGGCGUCCAGAGUCAGAGGGAACAGUGCUGAAACAGCCCUCAGAACUCUGGCCUGGGGUUCCCCCGAGUCCAGCAGCCUCACCUUUUGCUGGCAGUCGUGUGGGCCUGGGGUCCUCCAAGUGAAAACACAGACAACUGUCCCCAAGUCUGCCAGCCAUGUGCAGGAGCAGAGAUGUGACCAUGCCCCAUCUAGACAUGGCACUUGUGAGAGCCCCAAGGGAAGAGGGGAUGCAGCUGUCCCUCAGCAGGUUGCAACCAGGGAGGAGCCUCACAUGGGAGCCCUGCCCAUUCUCAGCCAUUUUGCAUAGAGGUGGGAGCUGACAACCGAGUGCUCAGCACACCCACCUGCCAGGUCAGGUCAUAAAAUAUGAGGGCGAACGCUGGGCUCCCCUGGGGGAAGGAUGAGCCACCACCACGUCGCGUGUGACUCGGUAGCCCGCUGCAACUUCCAUUUUUUAAAUAGGAAUUUUCAACCUUGUGCUUGUCUGAUGUCUGCUUUCAACAGUUCGAGACCCUGUUCCUGUUUUAAAAUGCAUGCGUGUUACAAUGAAUCUCCAACCCGAGGACAAAAUAAAACAAGCUUUGUGUA